AUGAAUUUCAGCAUCAAAACGCGAGCAAAUGUCAUGCUUUCCAUCUUCAUCCUUGUGUCCUGUUCAGCAGUAACAAUCUUGGUCUUCUGGUCCUCUCCAAAUGACCAAAUAACAAGAGAAAAAUCGCUCAUUUAUUUGAAGAAUCUCGCCAUUGAGUCAGACUACAUCAAAGAUAAAUCCAUCUCUUCGACUUCUCAACCCCACCAUCAUUCAGAGUACAAGAGCAGAAGAUCAGACUGGAACGCUCUUAUGCACUUGACGCCCGACUCAUUAUCACCUCGUAUCUUCUACAAUCCAUGCAAAUCUGUUGAGACUGCAAAGAGUGAUGCCAAUAAGGAAAUGAGACUGCUUCCAAUUCCUACUCGAAGCCCGCUAUUCUCUUCCAUGCGUGUUCCACAUCCCGAGAACGUGGAUGUGGCCAGUGAGCUCUGCCGCUUCAAGAAUGGCCUCCAGUUGAGCAAUACUACUCGCAAUCUGAUGGACAGCAACUGGACAGACGCCAUUAGCUCUCGUCUGCUGUACGAUGCCGUAACUGUCUGUGAUAUGAACCGUCUUGAUCGGGUGAUAGACCUGUUGGUGGUGAUCUCCAGUCGACCAUAUCGGGCCCAACAACGUGGUCUGAUUCGCAAAUACUGGGCACGCGACAACUGUUAUGCUGGUCGAAAUGUGCGCCAUGUCUUUCUCACGGGAAUCCCACCCAAAGGAGAUGUGGAAGAAGUGAUCAAGCUGCUGUCGGAAGCGCGACAGGAGAACGACCUUGUGGUACAGAGCUUUGAUGAUCCAGACAUUUGGGCCAACACACAUAAGCUCUUUCUUGGCCUCCAAUGGAGUCUGGCCUACUGCAAAUAUGCCAAAUUGGUGCUAUUCACAAGCGACGAAAUCUUUCUUGUUCCAGAAAAUGUGAUCGGCUUCAUUGAAUCCGUCUCGGACAGCGCACGAGAGCACCUUGUCGCGGGUGAAUUUUACAAACAUGCCUUGGUGCAGCGCAACAUAAAGCACCCCGAACACGUACCGUUCUCCGAGUUUGCCCUGUCGGAGUGGCCGGAUUUCGUGAAUCUGCAGGCCACUUUUAUUGGAGCCGAACUUCUGCUCGACCUCUACAUUGCGGCUCGAAUGGUUCGGCUGGUACGCCACUCCGCCGGCUUCCUUGGCAUCACACUUCUGAGGCUGCAAAUUCUCCCAUGGGGCAUGCCCAAUCUGUACAUCACAAAAGAUAAGCUCGAUACAUUACAGAGCAACAAAGUCCGGCAGACCCAUUUGGUAGCAGCUCUGCUGCCGGAAAACAACGAUUUGUCGCAAAAUGAAACAUUCGCCUCCUGGUGGAAGCUGCAUGAUUGUGAGAAAAUGUGCAUUGCGGAAAAUCUCGGUAGCUGA